CGUGAGGCUGGCGCGGUAGCUCGGGUUGCGGAGCUCGGCUGAGCUGACCGUUUCUUUGGAGAAGAGACAACUCAAGAUGGCAGGCAAAGGAAGCAACACAGACUGCAUGUCAUGCAGUGUACUGAACUGGGAGCAGGUCAGCCGUCUGCAUGAAGUUCUUACGGAAGUGGUUCCAAUCCAUGGACGAGGUAACUUCCCAACACUGAAGAUAACUCUGAAGGACAUUGUUCAGACUGUUCGGAGUCGGCUGAGUGAAGCAGGCAUUGUGGUACAUGAUGUCCGUCUGAAUGGCUCUGCAGCUGGUCACGUCCUGGUCAAGGAUAAUGGGCUGGGAUGCAAAGACCUGGAUCUCAUUUUUCAAGUUUCUCUUCCAAGUGAGGCAGAGUUUCAGUUGGUUCGAGAUGUGGUGUUGCGAUCCCUCUUGAAUUUCUUGCCUGAAGGAGUGAGCAAGCUAAAAAUCAGUCCGGUAACACUGAAGGAAGCCUACAUCCAGAAGCUGGUCAAAGUGUACACAGAGUCUGACCGCUGGAGCUUGAUAUCUCUUUCCAACAAACAUGGCAGGAAUGUGGAGCUGAAGUUUGUGGACUGUAUACGGCGACAGUUUGAGUUCAGUGUGGACUCCUUCCAAAUCAUACUGGACUCCCUGCUCUUUUACUAUGACUACUCAGAAACACCCAUGUCAGAGCACUUCCAUCCAACUGUGAUUGGGGAAAGCAUGUAUGGAGACUUUGAGGCAGCUUUUGAUCAUCUCCAGAACAAGCUGAUAGCUACCAAAAAUCCCGAAGAGAUCCGAGGUGGUGGCCUUCUGAAGUAUAGUAACCUCUUGGUACGAGACUUCAAGCCCAUGGAUAAGAAUGAGAUCAAAACACUGGAGCGUUACAUGUGCUCCCGUUUCUUCAUAGACUUCCCAGAUAUCCUGGAUCAGCAGCGCAAACUAGAGACCUACCUCCAGAACCACUUCUCCAAAGAAGAGAGGAGCAAAUAUGACUACCUCAUGAUUCUGCGCAGGGUGGUGAAUGAGAGCACAGUCUGUCUCAUGGGACAUGAGCGGAGGCAGACUCUCAACUUGAUUUCUCUGCUAGCGCUCAAAGUACUGGCGGAACAAAACAUCAUUCCUAAUGCCACUAAUGUUACCUGUUAUUACCAGCCAGCACCUUAUGUUAGUGAUGUGAACUUCAGCAACUACUAUCUUGCAAAUGCUCCUGUGCCAUACAGCCAGUCCUACCCCACUUGGUUGCCUUGCAAUUGAUCGUUUCACUUCAGUGUUCUUGCGUGGAGGCUACGGAGGGCCAACAUGCUGAGUGUAUAGACACAAGAAAUAACUGUCAGUUGGAGGCUUUCUAAUGGAAACAUGACUGUAUCGGACUGUCCCACUUUCUGGUGUGUAACCAGGUGACCUGCUAUGAACCUUUUAGUAUCUCUGUACAAAUGCCAAGAAGCCUUAUUACCUCUUCAUUAGGAGAAGAUAACCAGCAGCCAAAUGUGAAGAGUAGUUACAAAACUGUACCAGCUCUGGAAGUGACUAGUAACAUGGGACUGAAGUGAAGCAUUUGGUAAACUGGGUUAGUUAAGUUCAGCAUUCAAUAAACUCAGUUAGACUGUACAAAUGUGAUGAGUGGAGCAGAAGCUGCUUCUGGAGGAGCAGCAAAACUCUGUUUUCUAUUGCCUCAUCUCAUUACUCUACACUUCCUCAGUUCAAGUUCUGGCCAACUUGGGCUGCUUCUACUUUCUGGCUGUGUAGAAAUGGUAACAUUAUGGAUACAAUCUGCCUUGUAGAGGACCUAAAUGUUGUUUCCUGUAGUACCUAGGGAUGUUUAGUCCUGCCUCAAGUUCAAGAUUAAUUUCUUGAAGAUGAAUUAGUCUAUAUCUGAAGCAUAAGCUGGCUAAGUUUUCCUUAACUACAAACAUUGGGAAGGUGGCAACUCUAACCGUGCACCAAAAUGUGAUCUAAAACUUGCUAAUGUGGAAAGUCCUUGAAAUUGAAGCCUUAAAUGGAAUUGGAACCGUAGUUUUAGUAGUUAGGAUGGAAAAACAGUUAAGUCCAGCCUUUUUGACUGCAACUUUCAAAAGAAUCAUUGGCACAGUUGGAAAGUAAUGUAGCUUGUACACACUGGGGUUUAGCCCACCUCUUUUCCUCACAGAUCCACUGCAAGCAGAAAAAAAAAAGCCCAAACAACCCCCCCCCCCCCCCCCCUCUAAUUUGCAGGAUGAUGUGCACUUCUGCCAUGACAAAUUCCUGAAGUGCCUCCAAAA